AUGGACUCCAUCGCCCUUGUCUGCACCGCCUCUCUCCUCGCCGGCGGCCUUUACUGGUUCGUUUGCAUGCUCGGAGCUGCCGAACAAAAGGGAAAACGUGCCGUCGAUCUCUCCGGUGGCUCCAUCGACCGUGAACAAGUCCAAGAGAAUUACAACGAGUACUGGUCUUUCUUCCGCCGCCCUAAAGAGAUUGAGAAAGCAGAAAAAGUCCCCGCCUUUGUCGAUACCUUCUACAAUCUCGUCACUGACAUCUACGAAUGGGGCUGGGGGCAAUCUUUUCACUUUUCACCUGCGAUCCCUGGGAAAUCGAACCUCGAAUCGACUAAAAUCCACGAAGAGAUGGCUGUAGAUCUGAUCGGUGUAAAACCUGGCCAGAAGAUUCUCGAUGCUGGAUGCGGCGUCGGAGGUCCGAUGCGUGCAAUCGCAGCUCAUUCAGGUUGCAAUGUUGUCGGAAUUACGAUUAACGAGUAUCAAGUGAGCCGAGCGAAGGCUCACAACAAAAAAGCAGGAUUGGACAAGCAAUGCGACGUCGUGUGCGGGAACUUCUUAGAAAUGCCUUUUGAAGACGAGAGCUUCGACGGCGCGUACUCAAUCGAGGCGACUUGCCACGCGCCAAAGCUCGAAGAUGUUUACAGCGAGAUGUUUAGGGUUUUAAAGCCUGGAUCGCUGUACGUUUCGUAUGAAUGGGUGACAACCGAAUUGUACAGAGGUGAAGAUCCAGAACAUGUAGACAUCAUUCAGGGGAUCGAGAGAGGCGACGCCUUGCCUGGAUUGAGGAGCUACUCCGAUAUUGCAGAGACAGCAAAAAAGGUAGGGUUUGAGGUUGUAAAAGAGAAGGAUUUGGCAAAGCCUCCGGCGAGACCAUGGUGGUCGAGGUUGAAGAUGGGAAGACUUGCUUACUGGAGGAACCAUAUCGUAGUCAUGGUGCUCGAAACGCUAGGGGUUGCACCCAAAGGCACCAUUGAUGUUCACGAAAUGCUCUUCAAAACAGCGGAUUAUCUCACCAGAGGUGGAGAAACCGGAAUAUUCACUCCGAUGCAUAUGAUCCUCUGCAGAAAACCUGAAAAACCCCAAGAAGGUUGA